AAAUUCAAAGCAUAAUCUUCAACGGUUUUCUGUAAACGUUCGUCUGUCCGGUGUCGAGUGAUUAUCAAAAAUUCAGCAAAAAUUACUCUUUGCAAUUAAUUUAUCGGGCUGUGCAACUUUAGAAAUAGAGUGAAUAAAUAUCUACAAAACGGCGGCCGCCGUCUAGAACUUACCUCCUACGUAAUGGCGCCAACAAGGUUGGCUACAAAGCCGAUCGGCGUCAAUGAGAACUUGAAUGGCAUUUUGACCCAUGGGAUAACGACGAGGAGUAAGCAGUUGGCUUCUCUGAAAAGCCAUAAAGAUGGCUUGAAAGUCCCGAAUAAAAGAAAAGCGGAUAGUCCGCUAAAAGACAUGACUGCAAAAAGGGCGGCAUUUGGAGACAUCACGAAUGCUAUCAACAAAUCCUGUGCUAACAAUGACAAAGACAAGAUUUUGGCGGCAAAAAAAGUCACAGUGGAGACCAAGAUGCUCCCAACACUCAAGAGUGUCAAGCCACAAACCAUACUCAAUGGCAAAAUAUCCAAAAGCAAGACCCUGCAGAGGGUAGCUACAAAUGCCUUGGAGUCUGUCCAGAAACAUUUCACUAAGGACACAGCCAAACCAAUCUCGACUCGGGCUCAGAACGGAAUCCUCAAGAAUAUUGACAGAAAACUAGUGGAUAUUGACAGAAAACCAGUGGGAAAGGAAAACCAGAAUCACAGCCAGACGUCCGUGAAGUCGGCAAAGAGUGACGUCUCUGGGGAGCGCUCUCUAUACACAACUGCAUUGGAAAAUAUCAGCCCUUCUGAUUCUACAAAAGAAGAAUACAAAACAAUUAGCGAACAACUAGACAAGGUGAACCUGGAUGACACCAUCAACAGAUCCCUGGACGUAGAAACAGAAACCCCACACAAGGCUCCCAGCGAUGUGGUAGACUUCGACCAGGAAAACUGGAAUGAUCCUUUCCAGGUUUCACACUACGCCAUGGACAUAUUCAACUAUUUAAAGAGUAGAGAGCGGCUAUUCCCCAUCGACGACUACCUGCAGCGGAUGAACGGCAUCACGUCCUGGAUGCGGGCGUUGCUCGUGGACUGGAUGGUGGAAGUGCAGGAGAGCUUCGAGCUGAACCACGAGACGCUGUACCUGGCCGUCAAGCUGGUUGACCUGUUCCUGGCGCGAUCCUCGCAGCGCCCGCAGCGCCCACAGCUGAGUAAAGAAGAGCUGCAGUUGUUAGGAGCGUCGGCGCUGUUUAUCGCUUCUAAGUUUGACGAGCGCAUCCCGCCGCUAGUAGACGACUUCCUGUACAUCUGCGACGGCGCGUACACACUAAGCCAGCUUCUCAAGAUGGAGAUGAACAUCCUGCGCGUCAUUGACUUCGACCUGGGAGUGCCGCUGUCCUACCGCUUCCUACGGCGGUAUGCCCGGUGCGCCCGCGUGUCGAUGCCGACGCUGACGCUAGCUCGCUUCGUGCUAGAACAGUGCCUGCUGGACUACUCGCUGGUGUCGCACUCCGACAGCAAGAUGGCGGCGGCCGCGCUGUACCUCGCGCUGCGCAUGAAGGCGCUCGGCAGCUGGACGCCCACGCUCGCCUACUACACAGGAUACACGCUCCAAGACAUACUCCCGAUCGCGAUGGCGCAGAACGCAACGCUUCACAAGAAGCCCAAGUCGGCCAUCAGCACAGUACGCAACAAAUACUCCCACACGAUAUUCUUCGAAGUCGCCAAAGUACCUCUCGUCGAAGACUCCACGCUCAGCAGUUGAGGCUCACCGACACUUAUCACGCUGUAAAAACUUUUCAGGUGGGUCCCCAUCAUCCAAUCCGUUGUACAAUUGCUUCGUGUGUAGCGAUACCAGUGAUCGAAAUCAAAUAGCUUCGUAAGCGCCAGUGUGUUUGUUUACGCCUUUCGCCGGAACACUCGAAUCGGGCUAGGGAGUAGCGUUUAUUAGUUAAUUAACAAAUUUUUAAUCUAAGGCGCCCCUCGGACGCCGAGCUAAUGUAAGAUGGGCGGCGGUGCCAGCGCCGCGCUCUCUGGCAAACUCUUGAUUAUGAUCCGCCAAAUGGAAGUUGACUAAAAAUUCGUAUAAUCGAAUCUCAGUUUGUGAAUAACCGGCACAUUCGCUGCCGAUGUAAAGUAUUAUUCCUGCGUAUUAUAGGACAUUUCAGUCAAUUUUCGCUCGGUGGAUACGAAAUCGAGAGAUUGCCGCGCCUCACUCGAGAGCACGGGGCCGCCGCCGCUAAAGUAGAACAAACUAGUAAUGUAACUAGAACAAUUAAGAAUUAGUGUUGACGAUUUACAUUUUAAUGCGGCGUUUGCAUUAACGCGAUUGUUAUAAUAUUGAAAGUCGAUAUUAGCGUUUUUAUGCAAAGUUUAUUUACAACUUUUCUCAAAAGAAAGACUGAUAAAUUCUGCAAAACGACGACGAGUCGGUCUCGCCGCUUUGGAGCAUCGUCUCCUGAAUGCCGCCCGGCAUCGAUCCCACCAUUGACUCGAGGCUGACACCUCUGAAAUGGAGUUAAUAAAACCCAGUGAAACUAGGUAUCGAAUAUUUAUAUCCAGUUUUGUUUGACAAAAAACUAAAACCAAAAUCUCAGUCACCUCCUCACCGACGCCUCAAUAGAACUCAACCAAAAAUGUAGCCCUAAUCCACAUUCCAAUAUUGAUAUUUAUCCGCCUUGCUUUAUAGAAAAAUAAUUAGAAUUACUGUCUUCCUAUAGCGAUUUAAAGGCAAUAGGUAUUUGGUAUUGUAAACUUGUAUAUUUGUCGCAUUUUAAUGAACGCAUAGCGUUACUGCUAUGCAAAAAAUUGGUACUUAUUAAGUAAAAUUUCUUAUUUAUAAUAAUGUAUGGUAUUUGACGUUGCGCAGCCGGCGCGAUAAAUAAAAUGCGAAAAGUAUGCGCGCGAGUCGCACACGUGUGUCGCGGCAUGAAAUUACUUCUCCUUGGACGUAAUCAAUGUGACAACUUGAACCGGAUAAAACAAAGUGUAUCGUUUUUAUAUACAUGUAAUAUGUAUUGUACUUGGCAAGCUUUGCUAAUACUCUUUUAAUUUUAAUUAUAACUAUUAUUAAUGGAUUUUGUAAUGUUUUAAUUAAUUUACAUAGUAAUUAUUGUGAGAUUAUUCGCAUCAAUGUCUUAUGUUUUGUAAUUUAUCACAUUUUAAAGAGUACAAAAUAUUGGAAUGUUAUUAUAAUGUUGUUCAUUAAUGGUAAGUUUUAGAUUAAUUUCACUUUUAAAUCUGUUUUUCUUAAUAUCGUUUGUCAUCUAAUUAUACAAAGGCAAUGUAAAACUGAUGUAAAUAAACGAUUUUGGUUUGUA